GAUAAAGCAAAGAAAAGCAAAAGCUAAAACUCGCACCACACUCACUCCCGAGUCCCCACACUGUAUCUCUCUCUCUCUAGACUAAGCACCCCCCCCUUUCUCUUCUCUAAUCAUCUUUUUCUUUCUCCUUGCACUCUGUUUCAAAAGAAGAGGCCUUGUUUUUACCCCCGGUAUUCUUUGUAGUUUCCUCACCAUUUUGGUUCUAUGAUCAAGGGGACGAGACCCUUUUGAUGAAAUCGACAUGGGUUUUGGUUUAAUCCCAUUCUGAAUCGGUUUUAAUUGGUGUUAUAAAGAUUUUCCUGCAUUUUCCGAGGAACCAAACGGCUGAUUAUGUGGGGAUUUCUACCUUUUGCAGUGUUCAAGCUUGUAGAUCUGAAGCUUUGAAGAAAGGGCAUCAGUUUCUUACCCAAAAGUAAAUUGUUUUGGUUUGGUGGUCAUCUUGGUACGGACCUCACAUGAUGCAUAGGCCUCCUAUGGAAGAUUUUACCCUUAAGGAGACCAAUCCUCCUCUUGGUGGGGGGAAGGUCACUGGGGACAAGCUGACAAGCACUUAUGACCUUGUAGAGCAGAUGCAGUAUCUCUAUGUUCGGGUUGUGAAGGCAAAAGACUUACCUGUGAAAGAUGUUACUGGGAGUUGUGAUCCUUAUGUUGAGGUUAAACUUGGGAACUAUAAGGGUACCACUACGCAUUUUGAGAAGAAAUCAAAUCCUGAGUGGAAUCAGGUGUUUGCUUUCUCCAAGGACAAGAUUCAGGCUUCGUAUCUUGAGGUUGUUGUGAAGGAUAAAGAUUUUGUGAAGGAUGACUUCAUGGGUAGGAUUGCUUUUGAUUUGAAUGACAUUCCUAAGAGGGCUCCACCUGAUAGUACAUUGGCACCUCAAUGGUACAGGUUGGAGGAUAGGAAGGGGGAUAAGGUUAAGGGAGAGUUGAUGUUGGCUGUUUGGUGGGGAACCCAAGCAGACGAAGCGUUUCCUGAUGCAUGGCAUUCGGAUGCAGCUGCUGUUAGUGGAACUGAUGGUCUUGCGAAUAUUCGGUCAAAGGUGUAUCUCUCUCCGAAACUUUGGUAUUUGAGGGUUAACGUGAUCGAGGCACAGGACUUGCUACUAACUGAUAAGGGUAGGUACCCUGAAGUGUUUGUGAGGGCUAGUCUGGGAAAUCAGGUUUUGAAAAGUAAGGUUUCUCUAAGUAGGACUAUUAAUCCAAUGUGGAAUGAGGAUUUAAUGUUUGUUGCCGCUGAACCAUUUGAGGACCGUCUAAUUUUGAGUGUUGAAGACAGAAUUGCACCUAACAAGGAGGAAGUCCUGGGAAAUUGUGUAAUUCCCUGGCAAUAUGUUGACAGGAGGUUUGAUCAUAAACCUGUCAAUACGAAGUGGUUUAAUCUCGUGAAGCAUGUUGGUGAAGGAGAAAAGAAGGAGAUUAAGUUUUCCAGCAGGAUUCACUUGAGGAUCUGUUUGGAAGGUGGUUACCAUGUGUUGGAUGAGUCAACGCACUAUAGCAGUGAUCUUAGGCCUGCAGCUAAACAGUUAUGGAAAAACCACAUUGGGGUCCUGGAAUUGGGAAUUCUGAAUGCACAGGGCUUGAUGCCAAUGAAGCCGAAAGAUGGAAGGGGGACAACUGAUGCCUAUUGCGUUGCAAAGUAUGGGCAGAAAUGGGUUCGUACUAGGACAAUUAUAGAUAGCUUGACACCCAGGUGGCAUGAACAAUACACAUGGGAGGUUUAUGAUCCUUGUACUGUCAUCACCAUUGGUGUUUUUGAUAAUUGCCAUUUACACGGAGGAGAUAAGUCUGGAGGGGCCAGGGAUUCCAGGAUUGGGAAGGUAAGAAUUCGUCUUUCCACUCUUGAAACGGAUCGAGUUUACACACACUACUAUCCACUUGUGUUGCUUCAGCCCAAUGGGGUAAAAAAAAUGGGUGAGAUUCAAUUAGCUGUGAGGUUCACUUGCAUUUCAUUGCUCAAUAUGAUGCAUAUGUACUCCCAUCCCCUGCUGCCAAAAAUGCACUAUCUUCAUCCACUAACUGUUACCCAGCUUGAUAUCUUGAGACACCAGGCUACACAGAUUGUUUCAAUGAGGCUGAGUCGGGCCGAGCCACCAUUAAGGAAAGAAGUGGUUGAGUAUAUGCUGGAUGUUGGUUCUCAUAUGUGGAGUAUGAGAAGAAGCAAAGCAAAUUUCUUCAGGAUUAUGGGGGUUCUAAGUGGAGUGAUUGCUGUUGGAAAAUGGUUUGAUCAGAUUUGCAACUGGAAAAACCCCAUCACAACUGUAUUGAUUCACAUCUUGUUUGUCAUCCUUGUCCUUUAUCCUGAGCUUAUUUUGCCUACAAUAUUCCUCUACCUCUUCUUGAUUGGAGUUUGGUAUUAUAGAUGGAGGCCAAGGCAUCCUUCUCAUAUGGACACUCGGCUCUCUCAUGCAGAUUCUGCACAUCCUGAUGAGAUGGAUGAGGAAUUUGACACAUUCCCAACUUCUCGUCCUAAUGAAAUUGUGAGGAUGAGAUAUGACCGGCUGAGAAGUAUUGCUGGCAGGAUUCAAACUGUGGUUGGUGAUCUAGCUACACAAGGUGAGAGGCUGCAAUCUCUGCUAAACUGGAGAGACCCGAGAGCCACAGCUCUGUUUGUGAUUUUCUGCCUGGUUGCUGCUAUUGUUCUGUAUGUUACACCCUUCCAGGUUGUGGCCCUUCUUACAGGAUUUUAUGUGUUGAGACAUCCCAGGUUCCGGCAUAAGCUUCCAUCGGUGCCACUCAAUUUCUUCAGGAGGUUGCCUGCAAGAACCGAUUGCAUGUUAUGAAUAAGAGCAAUUUUAUGUGACGUUUCUUCCUAGUGGUUUAUCGACUUUCUUGUUAAUUCAAUGAAGAAAGGUGCAGAAACAAAUGAAGAUUGUUUCUUUCCUAUGUUUAGUCGUGGAUGUUGGUUUCUGGUAUGCUGUGUAUGCUUCCCCUGAAGGUAGUAGAUUGUGUAUCCUUCCCCUGAAGGUAGUUCAUUUAUGUUAUCUAUAAGAUUUCUGUUUCAAACUUUGAGUUUGUGAUGAUCAAUCAAUGUUCAUUGUAAUGCCUUAGGUUGUGAGUGAUUGCAAUUUAAUGCAUGUUAAACGCAGCUUCCCUUUCCCAUGCUUUAUUACAUCUAGCAACUGCAGUAUCAUAUUGCCUCUUGGCUUUCUGGAUUCAACAGGUUUUUGACUGAUGGGAGCAUUAAAAACGGUGAUAUUCUGUUUGUUGUGCAAAAUUGGAGUCUUCGAUUCUUGGAAUUUUAUUUUGUGUGUGUGUGUGUGUGUGUUGCUCAGUUUUAGAGAUGUGGGGACCUUAUCUCCUUCUUUGCGUGCCUCAUUUCUCUUUCCUUUACAGCCUGUACUGGAAACGUGCUCUGCUUUCUUUCUCCCUUCUGCAGUUUUGUUGUUUUUUGGCUGCUCUUUUAUCAACAAAGUUGUCUAUGAAAUAGCAGUAAAAUUAUGCAAUUGUC